AAAUUUAAAAAAAAAAAAAACGGAAGAGAGAAAAAAAAAUAAUAAUAAUAUCACUCGAAAUUCCAUAGUUUGUUUCUCUCUUUCAAUUUUCAUGUUGAAUUAGCCCUUUGGGUAGACUUCUUCGUCUUCUUCCUCCGUCCGCGUCGCCGUAAGACGCCGCCUCGGCAGUAUCUCUAACCGCCGGUGGUGCUCGUCUUCUUCCCUCCACCAUCUGAGAUCUGGGAGAUUGAACAUAAAUAAACAAUAUAAAAGGAUGACAGCAACAAGCAAGACGGAUCAAAAAGCGGCAUUAGACAUUGCAUCAUGGCUAUUCAAUGUUGUUACUUCCGUUGGAAUCAUCCUCGUUAACAAAGCUCUAAUGGCUACUUAUGGCUUUAGUUUCGCCACUACAUUAACCGGUUUGCAUUUCGGAACAACCACAUUGUUGACAACGUUCUUGACUUGGCUUGGUUAUAUCCAACCUUCUCAGCUUCCUUGGCCUGAUCUUUUGAAAUUCGUUUUGUUCGCUAACUUCUCUAUUGUUGGCAUGAACGUUAGUCUCAUGUGGAAUUCUGUUGGAUUCUACCAGAUUGCGAAGCUGAGUAUGAUCCCGGUUUCUUGUCUUCUUGAAGUUGUUCUUGACAAUGUCAGGUAUUCUAGAGAUACAAAGCUCAGCAUUUUGUUAGUUCUUGCUGGUGUUGCCGUCUGUACUGUCACCGAUGUUAGUGUUAAUUUCAACGGAUUUCUCGCUGCCGCUAUUGCUGUCUGGAGCACCGCCCUUCAGCAAUACUUCUUCUUGAUACUUUCGUGCAGUAUCGCGGUGGGGACCAAUCUCAGCCAAUUCAUCUGUAUCGGAAGAUUCACGGCGGUGUCUUUCCAAGUACUUGGUCACAUGAAGACAAUUCUGGUUUUGGUUUUGGGAUUCACUUUCUUCGGCAAGGAAGGUUUAAACAUACAAGUAGUACUUGGAAUGCUCAUUGCCAUCCUUGGUAUGAUCUGGUACGGUAAUGUAUCUUCUAAACCGGGCGGUAAAGAGCGUCGUAGCCUCUCUAUUCCCAUAACCAAGUCACAGAAACUAUCUGAAACAACCGAAUCUGAUGAGAAGGUGUAG